AUUGCAGUUUUUUUUUAUGACAAGGAUCAGCCACCACUUCUAUGAUUAGUAUCUUCCGAUAUCCUCAUGUGCUCGCCUAUAUAUGGCCACAUAUAUGCCAGCGGCAGGAGCACUUCUAGCACGCAAAUUUGGUAAGCAGAUCGCGGUCGCGCUGCUACAUAAUAAUUAGACAGCAACCCAACCACCUUCUGACCUAAGCUUUUUGAUCCAAAUCUAGACACAUUGAUCUAGAGGUUGCAGAAUGGAGAGAACAUUGAUCACCUCUAACCUCUCCAUGAGUGCACAUGCUUCAAGAUCGUCCGGGAGGGUUCACUACAUCUCUCCUGCCGCCUCUGCUGCUGCACAGAACUCCAGCUACAGGAAGAAGAAGAAGAGCGCCCCGUCUCCGCCGCCGUCGGCCGCCGCAACUGCCACCGUUGUCACCUCCCCUCCGGCCACUGACAAUGUUCAGUCCAGUGCAGUGAAGCAGACCGGGCGACAGGAGCUGGAAGAGCUCGUGGCCACCAAGGCUAACACUUCAAGAAUUGCAAGUGCGCCGAGCCAAGCUCAGGCUCGGGCUCAGCCUCGCCGCCGGCCUGCCCCGGCAGCCACGUCCCUGCCGAUGGCGUUCUGCAGCGCGUUGGAGGAGGCGAUCAACACGUUCGUCGACCCGCCGGCGCUGCGGCCGUCCGUGGACCCGCGGAACGUGCUGUCGACCAACUUCGCGCCAGUGGACGAGCUGCCGCCGACGCCAUGCCCCGUCGUGCGCGGCGCCAUCCCGCGCUGCCUCGCCGGAGGCGCCUACAUCCGCAACGGGCCCAACCCGCAGCACCUCCCGCGUGGGCCGCACCACCUCUUCGACGGCGACGGCAUGCUGCACUCGCUCCUCCUCCCGACGGCGGAGUCGCCGUCGUCGGACCCCGUCCUGUGCUCGCGCUACGUGCAGACGUACAAGUACCUCGUGGAGCGUGACGCGGGAGCGCCGGUCAUGCCGAACGUCUUCUCCGGAUUCCACGGCGUGGCCGGGCUGGCGCGCGGCGCCGUCGUGGCGGCCAGAGUACUCACUGGGCAGAUGAACCCAGCCGAGGGCGUGGGGCUCGCGAACACCAGCCUCGCCUUCUUCGGCGGCCGCCUCUACGCGCUUGGCGAGUCGGAUCUCCCGUACGCCGUGCGCGUCGACCCGGCCACCGGCGAGGUGACCACGCACGGCCGGUGCGACUUCGGCGGCCGUCUCUUCAUGGGCAUGACAGCUCACCCGAAGAAAGACCCCGUCACCGGCGAGGUCUUCGCGUUCCGGUACGGCCCCGUGCCGCCGUUCGUCACCUACUUCCGGUUCGACCCGGCCGGGAACAAGGGCCCCGACGUGCCCAUCUUCUCAGUGCAGCAGCCGUCGUUCCUGCACGACUUCGCCGUCACGGAGCGGUACGCCAUCUUCCCGGAGAUACAAAUCGUCAUGCAGCCCAUGGGCAUGGUGGCGGGCGGCGCGCCUGUUGGGUCUGACGCCGGCAAGGUGCCCCGGCUCGGCGUGCUCCCCAAGUAUGCCACGGACGAGUCGGAGAUGCGGUGGUUCGAGGUGCCGGGGUUCAACAUAAUGCACUCGCUGAACGCGUGGGAGGAGGCCGACGGCGAGGAGCUGGUGCUGGUGGCGCCCAACGUCCUGUCCGUGGAGCACGCGCUGGAGCGCAUGGAGCUCGUGCACUCGUGCGUCGAGAAGGUGCGCAUCAACCUGCGCACGGGCGCCGUGUCGCGCACCCCGCUAUCGGCGGGGAACCUCGAUUUCGGCGUGAUCCACCCGGGCUACCUCGGCCGGCGCAACCGGUACGGGUACCUCGGCAUCGGCGACCCCAUGCCGAAGAUCUCCGGCGUGGCCAAACUGGACUUGGACCGCGCCGGCACGGGAGACUGCACGGUGGCGCGGCGCGACUUCGGGCCCAGCUGCUUUGCGGGGGAGCCGUUCUUCGUCCCCGACGACGUGGAGGGGAACGGCAACGAGGACGACGGCUACUUGGUGUGCUACGUCCACAACGAGCGCACUGGCGAGAACCUGUUCGUGGUGAUGGACGCGAGGUCACCACAGCUGGACAUCGUCGCUGAGGUGGAGCUGCCCACCCGUGUCCCCUACGGCUUCCACGGCAUCUUUGUCACGAAGGCCGAGCUCCAGGCGCAGCAACAAUGAUCAAAGCACCAGGCGUUCGUCUUCUGUUUACCUGCUGUAGUGCUGAGGAUCUGUACCACAGGAUUCCAAGAGAAACACACACACCGCUGGAUACUGAAUAGAUUGUAGUAAGAACAACUCUAGGCCACAUAGCAUUCACUAAUACGAAUUAUGUUGUAUAGCAUUCACUAAUACGAAUUAUAUUGUAUUGCAAAUGUAGCAGAACCCAUAAAAAGGGUUCAUGAGUAGAAUUGAUAUGAAAUUUCAAGAUUUUACUGGAAUAGUA